AUGGAUCCAGAGAACCUGCCGGUCAUCAACAACUACCUGGAUGCCAGUGAGUCGGUGUCCGCGGAGGCCCGUCUGAGCCGCAUGCACUUCCAUGACAACCAGAGGAAGGUGGACUAUGUGCUCGCCUACCACUACCGGAAACGGGGAGCGCACCCCAGCCACGGCUCCCUUGGCCACGCGCUGGCUGUCGUCUCCAACGGGGAGACGGGCAAGGACCCCCAUGCUGGGGGCCCCCGAGACAUUGAGCUGGGGCCGCUGGAUGCCCUGGAGGAGGAGAGGAAGGAGCAGCGGGAGGAGUUUGAGCACAAUCUGAUCGCGGCCGGGCUGGAGCUGGAGAAGGAUUUGGAGAGUAAAAGCCAAGGAUCCAUCUUUGUCCGGAUCCACGCCCCAUGGCAGGUGCUGGCCAGAGAGGCAGAAUUAUUGAAGAUCAAAGUUCCCACCAAGAAAAUGUACGAGAUCAAAGCAGAGGGCAGCAUUGCAAAGACGUUCAAUGAGAUUCUGCAGAAGCUGAGCUCCCCACUGCAGCCCAGAGUUCCAGAGCACAGCAACAACAGGAUGAAAAACCUCUCCUACCCAUUCUCCAGGGAGAAAAUGUACCUGUACAACAUCCAGGACAAGGACACCUUCUUUGAUAAUGCUACCCGUAGCCGCAUUGUGCACGAGAUUCUGAAGCGCACGGCCUGUUCCCGAGCCAACAACACGAUGGGUAUUAACUCUCUGAUAGCAAACAAUAUCUACGAGGCUGCCUACCCUCUUCAUGACGGUGAAUAUGACAGUCCAGGGGAUGACAUGAACGAUAGAAAGCUGCUGUACCAAGAAUGGGCACGCUAUGGAGUGUUUUACAAGUUUCAACCUAUUGACCUCAUCAGAAAGUAUUUUGGAGAAAAAAUUGGACUGUAUUUUGCCUGGCUAGGAUUAUAUACAUCAUUUCUCAUCCCGUCUUCUGUAAUCGGGGUGAUCGUGUUUCUUUAUGGAUGUGCAACAAUUGAAGAAGAUAUUCCCAGCAAAGAGAUGUGUGACCAGCAGAAUGUCUUCACCAUGUGUCCCCUGUGUGACAAGUCUUGUGAUUACUGGAACCUCAGCUCGGCCUGUGGGACGGCGCGGGCCAGCCAUCUGUUUGACAAUCCUGCUACGGUCUUCUUUUCUGUCUUCAUGGCUGUGUGGGCUACCAUGUUUCUCGAAAACUGGAAGAGACUACAGAUGCGACUGGGCUACUUUUGGGACCUGACUGGUAUAGAAGAGGAAGAAGAGCACGCCCAGGAACACUCUCGGCCUGAGUAUGAAACCAAAGUUCGAGAGAAGAUGCUAAAGGAGAGUGACAAGUCGGUCGUCCAGAAAUUGGAAGCAGAUGGGACUGAUGGUGAUGAUGAGGAUGAUGAAGACAAGCUGAACUGGAAAGAUCGCUGCCCAGGCUACUUGAUGAACUUCGCUUCCAUCUUGUUCAUGAUUGCCCUGACGUUCUCGAUUGUCUUUGGGGUGAUUGUGUAUCGCAUCACAACCGCAGCUGCUCUGUCCCUCAACAAGGCCACACGCUCCAAUGUCCGGGCGACGGUGACAGCCACGGCCGUCAUCAUCAACCUCGUGGUCAUCCUCAUCCUGGACGAGAUCUACGGCGCCGUGGCCAAGUGGCUCACCAAAAUUGAGGUUCCAAAAACAGAACAGACUUUUGAAGAGCGCCUUAUACUCAAGGCUUUCUUGCUCAAGUUUGUCAAUGCCUACUCCCCCAUCUUCUAUGUGGCCUUUUUCAAGGGGAGGUUUGUGGGCAGGCCUGGAAGCUACGUCUAUGUGUUCGAUGGUUACCGCAUGGAAGAGUGUGCUCCAGGGGGCUGCCUCAUGGAGCUCUGCAUUCAGCUCAGCAUCAUCAUGUUGGGGAAGCAGCUGAUCCAGAACAACAUCUUUGAGAUUGGGGUCCCGAAGCUAAAGAAACUAUUUCGGAAGUUGAAAGAUGAGACCGAACCUGGAGAAACUGACUCCACCCAUUCGAAACAUCCAGAGCAGUGGGACCUAGACUUCAGCUUGGAGCCUUAUACUGGACUGACUCCAGAGUACAUGGAAAUGAUCAUCCAGUUUGGUUUUGUCACCCUCUUCGUGGCUUCUUUCCCUCUGGCACCUGUGUUUGCCCUUCUCAACAAUGUCAUUGAAGUUCGACUUGACGCAAAGAAGUUUGUUACGGAGCUGAGAAGGCCAGAUGCUGUGAGAACCAAAGAUAUCGGAAUCUGGUUUGAUAUCCUCUCUGGAAUUGGCAAGUUCUCCGUGAUCAUCAAUGCUUUUGUCAUCGCCGUCACCUCUGACUUUAUCCCCCGCCUGGUGUACCAGUACUCCUACAGUCACAAUGGGACCCUGCACGGCUUCAUCAACCACACCCUGUCCUUCUUUAACGUCAGCCAGCUGAAGGAGGGAACGGGGCCGGAAAACUCACGCUUUGACCAGGAGGUUCAGUUCUGCAGGUUUAAGGACUACCGUGAGCCGCCAUGGGCCCCGAACCCAUAUGAGUUUUCUAAACAGUACUGGUCUGUUCUGUCUGCCCGUCUGGCAUUUGUCAUAAUCUUCCAGAACCUCGUGAUGUUCCUGAGUGUUCUCGUGGACUGGAUGAUCCCAGACAUCCCCACCGACAUCAGCGACCAGAUCAAGAAAGAGAAGAGCUUGUUGGUGGAUUUCUUCCUGAAAGAGGAACACGAGAAGCUGAAGCUGAUGGAAGACCCAGCCCCGUGGAGCCGGGGAGGGACGCAUCCCAGCAGGCAGAGCCGGGCGGCCAGCUCGGCGCCCUCCGGCCACAGUCAGCAGGGCAGCCUGGCAUCCUCGGGGUCUCAGCACACCAACGUGUGAGUGAGACGCACGUACACGCCUAUGUCCGUGCCCGCGUUUGUUCAGCCAGAUGGGUGAGGAGUCGGGCUGCCUUGAUCUGGCCUGAGGGCAUCUUGAAAAGGGACUAGGAGUGAAAAGAGAGAAAGAAAGAAAUCAAGAGAAUGAGAGUAAGUAUAGGAAGGAAAAGAAAUUAUGCUGCGUCUCAGAAACUUGUAGCUCCUCUUUUGAGCUGUAUCCUUUUGGGGGGUUGGUACCCCAUUUGGAUUCAAUCAGUGAAAGAGUCGAGGCCUCUCCAAACCGGGGUUCCCAGGCACCAGGAGCCUUCUCCACAUACCAUGCAGUGCCCUCUCAUCAUUUCCGAUGAGCUCCGGGCCACAGGAGAAGCACAGGCAGGGCCUUGUCCUUGCCCCAGCAUAAGAGAUCACUGCCCCCCUGCCCACUGUCACCUGAGAAGACCGCUCCCAGACACUUGCAGCCGGGGCCGUCACAGCUCAGCGGAUGCAAAGUUACGGGGCUCAUUGCUGUGGCCACUGGGCCCUAUUGCAGGUAGCUGAGGUCCAAGCCUGGUCUCGUCCCCAGAUCAUGUCACCGGGCCGCUUUGAGCUACAUGUAGCUAACCACCAUCCUAUGCAGGUACAGAUUUAAAAUAAUAAA